CUCAUCCGCGAGUUGACGUAGAUCCCCUAAAUUUGUGGCUGGGCCAUUUUGUGUCUCGCUCACGAUUUUAGAGCCUUGACAUUUUACGGCGCGUCUGUUAAACGCUGCGCAUAAACGUAAACUGUCAAAAGCCGCCUGAUUUGGAUUCUUCUCCUUAUUUGAAACCUGACACCGCUGAUGUUUCAGCGCCCAUGUCCUCCCGUAGGUUGUGCGCUGCGGAGUGAUAUUCCAUUGGAACCGACAAUGUGGAGGCUGUGAAAAUGUCUACUUGGGAAAAGAAAUGAUUGCAGUUUCUCCAAGUGAAAGGAAACAGAGUACCGCAAGAGUUAUGGUCCGCGUUAAAGACGCGAGGUCGGCUUCAUAGCGAAGACAAACAACGAGGCGAGACAACAAAGGAGCGUUUUAUAUUGUCUUUCCUGCGCUUCAUCAAGCCCACGGACCGGGACCACAGGAGAAGGAUUCUAUCCCUAACUUUGUUUUUCCUCUCUUAUAUAUUGCCGUAUCACUACUCGCUGCUGGAUGCUACACUGCUGACUCCAGUCUGUAGCUGAGACUGUAAAGGCCCAGUGAACAGCAUCAGAGAAUGGCUACAGUGGAAAACGACAAGGAGCUGAGCGACUUGCUGGAUUUUAGUGCGAUGUUUGAACCUCCAGUUUCGAAUGGAAAGAAUGGGCCGACUACUCUCGCCAGCAGCCAGUUUGGAGGUCCCGGUGUAGAUGAGAGGAGAGGGUCCAGUCCGUGGGGACCAGGGGAGCAGACUAGUCCAUCUUUCAACCAGGGAAGGGUUUUCGAAGAGGGCCUUUACAGUGAGAGAGAAAGUCUGGCCUCUACCCCCGUAUUUGGACCAGGCAUUGCUGGGAAAGCUGAACGAGGGUCAUACUCAUCAUUUGGGACGCAGCCUGGUUUUAUGCCAAGUGAGAUACCCCUGCCCAGUCCUGACAGCCUCUCUCCGCCUUCUGCCAAGUCCAAUUCCCAGUUUUAUUCAUCCUAUGAGAGGAAGAGACCCGCACAGGACCUCACUGCAAAUCCGCAGCCAAAAAAGAUCCGCAAGGUUCCUCCUGGCCUGCCCUCCUCAGUUUACCCCACAGCCACAGGAGAGGAUUUUAAUCGGGACACCACUUGCUUCCCAGCCUCCAAAGCAGGAAAUGUCUACCAACCAGCGUACUACAUGCAAGAUGCCCACCCGCCCUCUGAUCCUUGGGGCUCUGCCGGGUCGAUGAUUCAGCCUGGAUACUCUGCCGUGUUGGGGAACUCCCCCCAUCUGGGCCAGCACGGUCCAUUCACUGCCAUAAACCCUCAAGACAGAAUGAAGCGGCAUCCCCUUCCCCUCUCACCCCAGAACUACCCCCUGCAUGGCAGCGAAGUGAACGGAGCUCAUCCCACCAGCUUCCACGCAGGCUCCAGCAGCUUCGGAGUCCCCAGCCACACACCCCCCAUCGCUGGCACUGAAACGAUUAUGGCAAAUCGUGGUGCUGUACCAGUAAGUUCGGGUGACGAGAUUGGAAAAGCCCUGGCAUCAAUUUAUCCUUCAGACCCAAACAGUAACGCUUUCCCUCCGUCGCCGUCUACUCCCUCCGGUUCACCACAGGCUGUGUCAGACCAAAGCACCCACUGUCAGCUUGGCUUUGUUUCCACGUCAGAAGAAUGUUUUCUGGCUUGUGCGACCAGACGUCUCCAGACUGUAGGUUCUGCAUCACAGUGGACUCGGUCCUCAGGCCAGGCCACCCCGUCACCCAACUUUGAGGGAGGAAUUCAGUCCAUGCAGAGUAAACUGGAGGACCGUCUGGACGAAGCCAUCAAUGUCCUUCAGCGGCACGCCAGCGGACAGGGAGGGCCGGGACUUGCUGAAAUGCACAGCCUGUUGUCGGCUGGGUUAGGGAUCGCACCGGGCUUCAACAGUGCAGCUCUCGGAUUGGCCAGUCGUCUGCAAGGACUGGUUUCCAGCCACCUUGAGGAUUCAGUUGGUCUGCCCUCUAGUGGAGGAGUUUUGCAUCACGGCCCUGCAUCUGUUCAUUCAGGCUCUCAGCCGGAUGGAUUUACAGGCCUGCCCGGAAGCGGGAAUCGUUCCGGCGGCACAGCUAUCAAGCGAGAAGACAAAGAGGACGAUGAGAAUUGCUCAAUUACAGACAAGUCAGAGGACGACAGAAAAGAUCUGAAGGCUCGUCUUCGAACAAGGUGUCCAAAUCAUAACUGCACCAUAAUGUUUAUUUUGAUUUAUAUAGAAGUAGGAUAUUUGCAGCAGCAGAAUUAGAAAAAUAAUUAUAUGCUAGACAACUCUUCGGCAUAAUGUUGAUAAUAUAACAGCAAUUAGAGCGUUUUACCAGCUAAUUCAAUUUCUGUUAUGUGAUUAAAAACAAGCCAUUGUUUAGAGGUGCUUUUUAUUGUGAUGGUCCCCUAAACGUCUAGCACAAAUUAGGAAAAUUACUUAGCAAGGUACAGCUCUGGUCAUAAGUUUGCAUGCACUUUUUAGAGGCAUGAAUGUCAUAAACAUUUUGGGCUUUUAAUUAUAUUUUAACCU